AUGUGUCAUUCACUUAUCCCAUGCCGUCAGUGCGACGAGCGCCAGCCGAAAUGCUACAACUGCGAACGAUCUCGAAUUUACGUGUGUGAUGGUUUCGAAAAUAACAGCACCGCGUCAGGCUCUACUCUUCCACUCUUAGAGUCUCCGGAAGCUUCCGAAAGAUUCAGUAUUCGGGGCAUAUGUCGCGACAUUGAGAAACCCUCCGCCAAGCGUCUGAAAGCAAGUGGAGUGGAGGUGGUAUCGGCGGAUCUAUCCUCAGAAAGCGAUGUCAGAAGGGUUCUCACAAGAGCCAGUGUCGUAUUCCUCGUAACGGCCUACUCUAGCAACUCUUGCAAUAAGAAAAUCGAAAUCGACCAGGGCAAGAACGUUGCAAGAGUGUCAAAGGUAGCGAGAAGUGUGAAUAUCUUCAGCUCACUUUUAUCUGUGACCGAGAGCACAAAUGGGCAACUGAAACAUGCCCAAGAAUUUGACAGUAAAGCGGAAGUUGAACGAUUCAUCCGUCAACUUGAGAAACCUGCCACAUUUGUUCUUCCGGGAUUUUACAUGAGUCUAUUUACUCCGGGCCAGUAUUUAACCAGGUCGCGCCAAGAUGCUCAGCUCCUGCAGCUCGAAGAGCCUGUCUCGACAAGCUCUACAAAGUUCCCCCUCAUCGACAUUGAUAAGACAUUGGUCGUUCUGUUGUCGCGGCAUCACUUAAGAGAGACUCGUUCCUCGGAAAGCGGAUGCGUGACUAGAGAGGUUCCUGAUGAUGAGUUUCUUAGUCAGAGACCUGUCUCAGGAUCAAACACUACGGAGAGGCAGAUUGAGAUUCUCGAUAUGUAUCGAUUUAUGCGAGGACCAGCUUAUUACCUUAAUGGAAGCUUAGAGAUGAAUCAGAACAUUGUUGGCGGCUUGCUGGUCACAUAUGAGGAGUUUGUGAGAAAUGGAGGGCUGACUUAG